UCUUGUGCAAACCCCCCCCCCCGCCCCUUCUCCCUUUCUGUACUACUACCUCUCUUUCUUUCCCACGUCUCUCUCUAUGUCUCGGGAGAAUAGAGAGCUCUAUCACCAUGACCACCACUUUCUCCGAGACCGUAACGAUCUCCCGUUCCAUGACGAUCUCUCGCCAUUCUUCUCCCAGAGGCCCGGCACCGGUGCAUCGCAGGAGUUACAAGGCUUCUUCCAUCUGCAAGCAGCAUCGCCAUACAUGAACAUCACCGAGUACCUGCAUGGCUCGUCGGAUUAUGGUUUGCUUAGCAAGGGUUUUAAUACGUCGUGCUCAUCGCCUGAGAUGUUCGGUCCCCGGGAUGGGGGGUUGGUGAAGCGAGAAUUGGUGGUGGAUACUAGUAUUGGUACUAAUUUGAAUGUUUCUACUGGGGGUGGUGAUGGGGGAACGACGCCGCUUACUCCCAACUCUUCGGUCUCUUCGUCGUCCAGUGAGGCCGCAGGUGAAGAGGAUUCCGGACGGUGUAAGAAGGAUCAGCUGAAGGUGGAGGAGGAGGAGAAGCAGCAGCUUAAAGGGAGCGAGGAAGGGGGUGACAAGUCUAAGAAAGUGAGCAAACCAAGGAAGAAGGCCGAGAAGAGACAAAGGCAGCCCCGCUUUGCUUUCAUGACAAAAAGUGAAGUAGAUCAUCUUGAAGAUGGAUAUCGGUGGAGAAAGUAUGGCCAGAAGGCAGUGAAGAAUAGCCCUUAUCCAAGGAGCUAUUAUCGGUGCACGACACAGAAGUGCUCAGUGAAGAAGAGGGUGGAGAGAUCAUAUCAAGAUCCAACAAUCGUGAUCACAACAUAUGAAGGUCAGCAUACACAUCAAAGCCCUGCAACCAUUCGAGGGAGCACACACAUCUUAGCGCCCCCACCGACGAUGCCGAUGAGCUUCCGCCAAGACUUUCUCAUGCACCAAAUGCCUCAACUGAGCGCUAGUAGCCAGCAAGGGGAAGCAAACCCUAGCAUGUAUCUGCCAACCUUACCUCCUCUUCAGCAGCCGCAGUUCCCUGACUACGGUCUCCUGCAAGACAUUGUUCCGUCCUUCAUCCACAACAAGCAGCCGUGAUUAUACUUCAUCCCCCCUUCUGCUUGUCACUCUAUUUCUAGGCCUCUACGCUUGUUGUACAUGUACCUAAUUCUAAGAGUAUGGACUUACCUAGUAUGGUAUACAUAUGGAGCAAUGAAUUUAUCUAUCUGACUGAUUCAAGUGGAGAA